CCUCACUCAAACGGUCUUCCCCUCUUCUCCUUCCCUCUUCGCCGUGCCCUCUUCUCCUUCCCUUCUUCCCCUCUUUUCCUUCCUCGCCGUGCACUCUUCCCCUUCUUCCCCUCUUCUCAUUCCCUCCUCGCCGUGCCCUUUUCCCCUCUUCUCAUUCCUUCCUAGCCGUGCCCUCUUCCGCUUCUUCCCUUCUUCCCCUCUUCUCCUUCCCUUCUCCUUCCUCGCCGUGCCCUCUUCCCCUUCUUCCCCUCUACCCCUCUUCCCCUUCCCUUCUUCUCCUCUUCCCCUCUUCUCCCUCCCUCGUAGCCGUGACCUCUUCCCCUUCUUCCCCUCUUCCUCUCUUCUCCUUCCCUUCUCCUUCCCCUCUUCCCCUCUUCUCCUUCCCUCCUCGCGGUGCCCUCUUCCCCUCUUCUCCUUCCCUCCUCGCCGUGCCCUCUUCUCCUUCCCUCCUCGCAGUGCCCUCUUCCCCUCUUCUCCUUCCUUGCUCGCCGUGCCCUCUUCCCCUCUUCUCCUUCCCUUCUUCCCUUCUCCUUCCUUGCCGUGCCUUCUUCCCCUCUUCUCCUUCCCUCCUCGCCGUGCCCUCUUCCCCUCUUCUCCUUCCCUCCUCGCCGUGCCCUCUUCCCCUCUUCUCCUUCCCCUCUUCUCCUUCCCUUCUUCCCUUCUCCUUCCCCUCUUCCCCUCUUCUCCUUCCUCGCCGUGCCCUCUUCCCCUUCGUCCCCUCUACCCCUCUUCCCCUUCCCUUCUUCCCCUCUUCUCCUUCCCUUCUUCCCCUCUUCUCAUUCCCUUCAUCCCUUCUUCUUCCUCCCCUUCCAUUCUUCCUCCUCCCUUCUUCCUCAUCCCUCCUUCCUUCCUCCUUUCAGAAAUAUAUUUUCUGAAUCGGAAUCACUUUCAACUGUCUAAAUUUUUUUUUCAUGUUUGAUGAAUUAAAAAAAAUUUGAAAAAAUUAAAAUAAAUUCCUGCUACACCCGUCAAACGGGCAAAGGAAUCAAGUCAAAUCCUGCGAUCAAAUUUAAAAAAAAAAAUUGUUGACAAAUUUUGACGACUAAAAAUGAGCAACCCGCCACCAUCCGACGCUGACAAUUUUAUUGAGAAAACUUCAGACAUAAAGCUUGAAAUUUCAGGCUAACAGAAGAAAAACUAUGAGGUUCCCACUGCGAAAAUCAUCUGAAGACUGAAAUGUCAGCAGUAAUCUUCAUGGCUUUGGAUUCCUUAGGCGUUUGAUUACCUUAGACAAAAUUAAGGUGUACUGCUUUUCCGGCGACGAUCCCGGCCACUUCUCGGCGACUGUGUUCGUAUCAAGCAGGGAGAACGGUCUUCCUCCGUCGUCUGGAGAAGAAUUGGUUGUAGUGCUGAUUCUUGGUUUUGGACCGUCGAAGCCCGAAGAAAAAUGCCGACGAUUUUGUCUCCAGGUAACGAGAUUGGUUACGAUGUCGCUGUUGCCGUUUUGACGGCCGCGGCGGUGCUUGCGCUUCUACGUUUCUGGGAUGAGAUUGCGAAGCGUGGUGUUUUCGACCAGAAAGUGAACCGAAAGCUUGUUCAUAUUAGUGUUGGGCUGGUCUUCAUGCUUUUCUGGCCUCUUUUCAGUGAUGCUUCUUGGGCACCUUAUCUUGCAGCAUUUGUUCCUGGAAUUAAUGCUGUGAGAAUGAUACUUGUGGGUGCGGGCAUAUUGAAGAAUGAUGCUAUGGUUAAGGCCAUGAGUAGACACGGAGAUUACAGGGAACUUUUAAAGGGACCACUGUACUAUGCUUGCAUUAUAACAACAAGCACUGCAGUUUUCUGGAGAGCAUCCCCGAUUGCUGUUGCCGCAAUUUGCAACCUAUGUGCUGGAGAUGGUGUUGCUGACAUAGUAGGAAGGCGAUUUGGAGCAGUGAAGCUUCCUUACAAUAAAAUGAAGUCUUAUGCUGGCACCAUGUCAAUGGCCAUUGCCGGUUUCCUUUCAUCUGUGGUGUAUGCGUUCACAGAUAACGAUUUCAGAAACAAUCACACUUGCGCACUUCAGUACUUGUACUACUACUCAAUCUUUGGCCUUUGCGACUACAGUUGGCGGACAAUAGCUGGUUUACUUGUCGUUUCUUUGACAGCAUCAGUGGUGGAAUCCCUUCCCAUAAGCACAGAGCUUGAUGACAAUUUGACUGCUCCGUUAAGUUCAAUGCUAGUUGGCGGUUUCAUAUUUUAGGCAAUUUUCAUUGUCUUGCUUCAAAUGUCGGCAAGUAAUUGGAGCUACCCACUCUCAAAGACCUACCUGUAUUUUCCUGCGGGACAAUAUAUCUUCAUCAUUCAUUAGAGUUGGGAAAAGUGAAAUUGAAAUAAUCCUCUUGGCCUGACGCUUUCGGCGUCGUCCCUUUCUUGGUCUUUAAUUUUCAACAUUCUUAGCCUACUGUAAAAAUAUAUAUGUACUUUUUACCAACUUAUUACUGAAUAAAAUGGACCCAAGCUGUGAACUUAGUUUUCC